CUGUUGAUAAUUUCCGUAGAGAUUAUUUAUAGCUAGCUAACGCCCUUUUAGAGUCUGUUUGUACCGCACCCCUUGCGAAUACGGGAGCUACGAACGCCUACAUUCAGCAGGUGACAUGGAAAGCGACUCCGAGCACUUGGUGUCGGAGUAAAACCGACGAGCAGAUUGCGGAAAGUGUAACUGUAACGGGAGCAAUAAACAUUACUCAGCUGACUGAGGAGUACUACCUGAUUUUGGCUGGUGGUGAUGAUCUACAAGUGACUUUUGACAACAAUGGAGACAACAACUACUGGAGUUUUCAUGCCGGUGGCCAAUUUUCCCCAUAUUUCGGAGCUCUUUCACAUCGAGGCCGUCGGGGGACAAUAAGGUGAAGAUAGUUGGCUACCCUCCACCGGGCAAUGUGAGGUGGUACCUCACAAUCAUUGAGAACCAAGGUGGAAUCCCUGACCAAUACCCCAAGUUUUCAGCUGAGGAUGGGGUUGGAAAUGAAGACAUCAUUCUUCACACUGAGUUCACAAUACACGACAGUCCGACUGAUCUCAACACCUUUGGACUGGGCUUCACCACCCAAAAUGAUGAAACACAAUACCUACUACCAGUAAACAGUCCGCAAAAGAGGAUUGGGUGGAGCAGGAAUUUGCAAUAUCCUUUUUUGAUGGUUCCUCCGAAUGAGAUGAAGCUGGUGGAUCUUGAUAAAGCCAAGACAAAAUGUUGCAAAUGUUGUUAGCAAUACAUUGCCUGACUUACUAUAUAAAACAACAUAUUAAGUAUACUGUAUGCUCCAGCUCCUUCUGUUAAUGCCAGGUUUGUAGAAAUUUGAGGGAAAGCUUCCUCUGGGUCAUUGAAGCGUAGACACAGAGAGUCAACCUCUUAGCAAUUUUGCGGAGUGCUUAUUACCGUUGCGGAGAAGGAACCAGUACCUGGUUAUCAAAGGCAGGGCACCCAUUAUGCGUUGGUUUAUGCUAGCUAUCUUAACUCUCUAAUGAUGCUGCCCCACACUUUUUAUUAUUCUAUGAUACCACCACUGUUUUGUUUAAUUUUUAAUGAUG